UCUCCGGAAAAAGAAAGAACAGGGAGCCCCUCUGUUUUCUUUGAGGUGGCAAGUGCCGGGGGCAGCGACCUGCUGUGACCCGGGCCAGGGGGAGCCGCCCCAGCGCGGUGCCGGGGCAGGCACGGUGGUGGCGCUGGCCGUGGCGGUGCCAGGCAGCCGGCCAGCAGCGGGAGGAACACGGCGAGCUUGCGGAGCCCCGGCCCCCGAGGAUGUCGGCCAGAGCAUCUCCCACCCUGGAGAAGAGCGKCGGCAUCGGGCACACGGGCGAGGCGAAGGCGGCGGGACAGCCCCCCGACAGCAUCAGCGUCCAGGGCGUCUCCUACACCAUCAGAGAGCGUGUUGGCCCAUGGUGGAACUUUUCCUUAUAUUGUAAAAAAUGGACCCGGCAAAUACUUAAGGAUGUUUCAUUUCACAUAGAGAGUGGCCAGAUUAUGGGGAUUUUAGGAAAUUCUGGAUCUGGGAAAACAACACUUCUGGAUGCAAUAUCAGGAAGACUGGGACAUAAAGACAACUUCUUUGGAGAAGUGUAUGUGAAUGGACAUCAGCUGAAGAGGGAGCAGUUCAGAGAUUGCUUCUCUUACGUGCCACAGAGUGACACUUUGUUAAGCUUUCUAACCAUACAGGAGUCUUUGACCUACACAGCUUUACUAACUCUUAAGAAAUGCUCCAACACCUCCAUCAAAAAGAAGGUUGAUGCAGUAAUGGCUGAGCUGAGUCUCAGCCAUAUUGCUGACAAAAUAAUUGGAAGUCACAAUGUCGUAGGAAUUUCUGGCGGUGAGAGGCGUCGGGUAUCAGUUGCAGCCCAGCUUUUACAAGAUCCCAAGGUCAUGCUACUUGAUGAACCAACGACAGGGCUGGACUGCCUGACUGCAAACCAGCUUGUCCUGCUUCUCUCAGAGCUUGCUCACAGGGAUAGGAUUGUGAUCCUUACCAUUCAUCAGCCUCGCUCAGAACUUUUCAAGUUAUUUGAUAAAAUAGCCAUCAUGAGCUUUGGAGAAAUGGUUUUCUGUGGGAACCCUAUGGAAAUGAUCACAUUUUUUAGUGGCUGUGGGUAUUCUUGUCCUGAACAAUCAAAUCCUUUUGACUUCUAUGUGGAUCUGACAUCUGUGGACACCCGAAGCAAGGAACGCGAACUUGAAACCUACAGUAGGGUUCAGGAAUUUGUAUCAGCCUACAGAAACUCGGAGAUCUUUAGCAAAGCACUGGCAGCCAUUGAAAAAACAAAGUGUAUGAAGGAGCUGCCACCAAUUCCAUUCAAAAACAAAGACUCACCCAGUGGCUUUUACCAAAUACUGAUUCUUUUACGGAGAGCAACGAGAAAUUUCUCCAGAGAUAAGAUGGGCAUCAUCAUGCGUCUCCUCCAGAACCUGUUAUUUAGCUUGUUCAUAGCCGUUUUCCUUCUUAGACUAAGGAAUGACGCCCAAGUAGCCGUGCAGGACCGCGUGGGGCUUAUCUACCAGUGCGUGAGUGCCCCCCCCUACACAGGGAUGCUCAAUGCUGUGGCCCUGUUCCCACCUCUACGUGCCAUCAGUGACCAAGAAAGUAAAGAUGGCUUGUAUAAGAAAUGGCAAAUGCUUGUAGCUUAUAUAGUACAUUUCCUGCCCUUCAGUGUCUUCAGCGUGGCCAUUUUCAGCGUCUUUAUAUACUGGACUGUAGGAUUGUAUCCUGAUGCUUCCAGAUUUGGGAUUUUCUUUGCUGUUGUCCUAGCAUCUCACAUGAUUGGUGAACUACUAACACUUGUUAUACUUGGCAUAGUUCAAAAUCCACAAAUAGUCCAAAGUGGAGUGGUGCUGCUUAAUUCAGCUGGUGUGAUAGUGGGAACGGGACUUGUAAGGACCAUUGAGGAAAUGCCAACACCUUUUAAACUACUGAGUUUUCUUACCUUUCAAAAAUACAGCAGUGAAGUCCUUGUAGUCAAUGAAUUUUAUGGCCUAAACUUCACAUGUGGUGAAGCCAACAGUUCCACUGCAAAUAAUGCUGCGUGUAUUUUCUCCCAAGGUGUCCAGUUCAUUGARAAAAGCUAUCCUGGGGCAUUGUCCCGGUUCACCAUCGAUUUCCUUGUACUCUAUGCUUUUCUACCAGCACUUGCCAUCAUAGCAAUUAUAAGCUUCAAAUUAAGAGAAAGAAUUAUUGACAGACAAUGAAACGGUAGCAAUUCCAACAAUGUCUAAUACUACAUUAGUAUCUUCAUUAUGGUCAAAGGCUUAAAUGGUUGGAUUUUAGACAGAAUUUAAGUGAUUACACAUCUAAAAACAUAUUCAUCUUCUCAUGUUUGUUUUCAUCUUGACAACCAAUGUUCUCCUAAGAGUGAAAGUGAUCCCUGAUAUUGAUAUUCCCCAYCCCUCUCCUCUGGCUGMUCUCCAGAUCAGCCAUAAUCAACAGUAUUUAAUGUUUUAAAGGACUUUCUGAUUUAAUUUAGUCAACUGUCACUGACACUCUUUUACAACUUAGCAAUGGUGGUCUGAUUUUUUCCCCACUAUUUUGUUUUUCAACCACUACUAAUAAGCAGAUGGGUACAACUGMUAGUAAAUCUCAUUUCUAGAAUUGUAUUUAUGCCUUGUUUUGGUACCAUUUUAGGAAUUCRUAGAAAGGAAACAAACCAAAUACAUGUCAAGACAGAAUCAAGAAGUCACUCCAAUCUUGUACACACUAUACAACAGAUGAGUAGCAGUAGCUACUCACUCAGAACRGAUCUUGCAGCAGUAUCAAAGUUGCCUAAUAUGUUUUUGCCUUAUAAAUUAUGAUAAAUCAGUGAAAACAGUUAUUUAUUUCAAUUUCUUCUUUUCAUUGUCAAGUUCUAGUCUUGUUUUGGAAGCAGUUUAUGAAUUACAAGGAAAAAAAAAGUUUGUUUAAUAACAUUUUGGUUUUAU